UGGCGGAGCCGACCGGUCUGUCAGCUUCCGCGACUCAACUCUUGCGGCCGGACUGUGGCGCUCAGUCCACGGGACACCGCGGACACGCAGGGGUGUUUGUCCUGCUUCCGUCCGUGCCCCACUCGGAGGCCUCGGAUAUGUUCUUCAGGGCCCAGGUGAGGCGAGCUCUUCAGCUGGUGCCCGGGAAGCAGCGAUUCGGCAUCUACAGAUUCCUGCCCUUCUUUUUUGUCCUGGGAGGAACGAUGGAGUGGAUCAUGAUUAAAGUGCGCGUGGGCCAGGAGACCUUCUAUGAUGUCUACCGUAGAAAAGCUUCAGAAAGACAGUAUCAGAGAAGGAUGGAAGAUACAUCAGAAACCAAUCUUCAUAAGCUAAUAAAGUAAAUAUGAAUUUCA